ACCUGCCGCUGAUAAAAAGCUUUGUCAAACGCAAUGUGUUGUGUGGCUGUAGCCAAAAUCAUGACAACACGCAUAGAGAGCCUUCUUCAAAGCCCUUUUGAGUCGCGGUUAGGUCUGCCUCUUCAUUUGUGGCCAACAGACGUUGCCCAAGACUUCAAGACUAAAACACACUCUCUCCCAUGUAGCCCAGAACCUUGGCUUCUACCAGGCUGCAGUUCAGUGUAUGAUAGUCUUGUCAGCUGCUCUAAAACCCCACAAUCAGCUUCACAUAAUGGAGAAAAGACUUCUGCUGUUCAGAAGCCUCGCAGGUCAUCCAUUCUUGAGCGGUGCAUCCUGAAUAUGUCUACAGCUAGUGUUGCUGUUGGAACAGAAGACAUUGAUGGGAUCAACAGGUCACCAUCAGGGCGACAGUGGUGCCCCAACAAUGCUGACCCGGCACAAUUCGAGACCAAUGAGGCAGUUUUGAAGCGUAGACAAAAACAGAUUCAAUAUGGAAAGAACACUUGUGGCUACCAGAGCUAUGCUCAACAGGUUCCAAAGUGUCUGCGUGUGCCUGGGAUUCACCCUUCCACUCCAAACAAACACCGCAAAUAUAGCCGCAGAUCUUGGGACAUGCAAGUCCGUCUCUGGCGGAGAGCGCUUCAUGCAUGGGACCCACCAUCUGCUUCCCAGAAAGACAUGGAGGGACAAGACCCUGUUGAUCAAUUGCAGAGCUUGCUUGAGAAGAUGAAUACAAAGCUGUGCGACGGUGGUGAAAAGGAGGGCACAAAGUGGGAAACGGUGCCGGAUACCAUGUCGUCCAUUGUUUCACAACCUUCUGCCGAUGGUCCUUGGCUAUAUUCUAAUGCCACUCAGGUUGGAGUCCCAUGCCACCGGAGCCAAACCCCUCAGCCCGGAUUGGGCUACACCUUCAGCAGUCGCCUAACACCACAGGAGAACGUCCUAGGAUGGCUGCGAUUUCUCCUCGAGACUGACCACAACCAAAACCAGGCGCCUUUGCUGCAUGAAGAGCCUUUCUGGAGAUUUACGUAGUGUCUCGUCAAAUCAUGCCAAUGGUCUGCACAGAUCAGGUGCAAAGCUUGUUCUCCAGCUAUGUUUGAAUUACACUUGGAUCACUGUCUCCUAGUUCAGUAUGCUGUGCACUAUGUAUUUUGUAAUCAAGGCAUCCUCUCCAAACGAAUGUUUCAAUAUUGUACACCUUCAAGUACCUGUUAUUGCUACUUUGUUCCCCACUUUCUGGUUAUCUUUUUAAGUUUCUUUCCCUUCUAAAGCACUGGUUCUAUUCCUUUCGUUCUGUUCCUAACACUCUUUUCCUCGUAUGUCACGUCACUGUUUUUCUAAAAACAGGAAGUUCAGAAGUUUAUUUUUUAGUGUGUGUGUACCUCUAUGAAUGGAAAAACUAAUAAAGAUGUGGACUGGCAAGCUGA